AUGAACCCAGGCGCUGGAAAAAGUACCAUCAUCAAGAUGCUCAUUGAUCGCGAGCGAGCUAGAGUGGAAAGCGUUGACAAUUCCAAGGCUUAUGAUGUUCCUGUCCCCGGUCUUGUCGAUGAUAAUAUUCCUACGACAGGUGAUGUUCAUCUUUAUGAAGACCCCGGCACAUGUUGGGCACAGCUACCCAUUUUAUAUGCCGACUGUGAAGGACUGACUGGCGGAGAAGCCCGACCGCAGGGCUUAACAUGUCGAGACAAGUUGGAUGCUGCGAGGCGUCCUGGGCAAUUUGUGAAGAACAAGCUCCGCAAAAGACUUGCUUGGGCCGAGGGCCCCAGCAUGCAGUCACGAGAAUUCGCUGUCAGAACUCUCUUCCCAAGAAUUUUGUACACCCUCUCAGAUGUCGUGGUGUUCGUCCUGCGUGAAGUCAGGACGUUUCAAACCGAUGUGUUACUAAAUUUAGUGCGAUGGGCAGCCGAGUCUAUCGACAAGUCAAUCAACCAGCCAUCCCGGCCACACAUCAUCAUUGUAGUCAACGCAACCGAUAUUAAUAUGGACGAAAAUCAAUGGAACCCAACCACGGCGACCCGUAGAUUACUGGAUGACUACCAAGACUCCAUCCAUCAGGUACCAGCUCUACGAGAAAUUAUUGGUAAGCUAUCGACGGUUAGCCAAACAAUCACAACCACCAAGGAACUCCUGGAGUACUUUUAUUCCUCUGUUUCGGUGUAUGUCACUUCGGCUUACGAUCACUUCUCAAGACGACUGGACAAACCUUUCGACUUCGCUGCAGAGGCACGUCGCCAUGCCCCUCUUCCUCGAGACUUCGGCGGUCACGUUCUUGAUCUCAUUCUUUCCAUGUACGGUAAUUACGAUACGCGUCCCGGUCGUGCGAAAGAUCUCUUUGUGAAGCUCAGCCGACCUAUUGCCUCUUGCAUAGUUCUCGAUACUACCAGAGACAAGACACAGGGGACAUAUUCCGCCAUCCUCCGGCACACCUACCAUGACCAACUUCUUAUAGCCUUACAGCAAUUUUGCAACUACUGGUUGCGAUGCUCAUUUCAGAAAGGGGGCCAAAAAUGUCAUAACGUCAGAAGCUCGCACGAAAAGGGUCAUCAAGCUCACACCGGCGAGGUCUUGUCGUAUCGCGGCAGCUACGAAUCGACAUUCGUGGUUGAAGACUUCUUUCCCACGUGGUACGAUGAGAUUGAUAAACACGUCAAGGAAUUGCAAGAGCGCGCUCAGCAAGACAACCGAGACGAGAGCGUGGUUAUUGCCGAUAUGCACAUCGAAGUGAUGAAAGAAUUCUAUAAAGCUGUCCACCCGGGGCGGCCACCAUCAGAGUUCAGAAGUAAUUCUACGUGUCUUUGUUGUGUGAGCAAGAUCCCUGACAACGUCUUGACUUGUGGUCAUAUUCUUUGCAAGAAAUGCAUUCAGGCGUACGGAGACAAACUUGAACAAGGCUUGUUCAAGCUGCAUUACUGCCCUCUUCACCCCCACGAUGAAAAUUGGGUAAAACCAGUCUUGAUCAGGUUUAAGCCAGCAGAAGCAGGAGUAAGAAUACUCUGCUUAGAUGGCGGAGGGGUACGUGGCAUCGUCGAGCUGGCUAUUCUCCGCGCAAUUGAGGAGGCACUUGGACACCACAUUCCGAUUCAAAACUUUUUCGAUUUGAUAGUAGGCACUAGCACUGGUGGUAUAGUUGCUCUGGGACUAGGCGUGAAGCGUUGGUCAGUCUCUGAAUGCAUCAAGAAUUUCAAGGAUCUCUGUGGCUACGCAUUCACCUCAAGGGCUUUUAAACCGAUCGCUGUAUUCAGCCACAGGAGUUACUACAAAACCAGGCCCCUGGAAAAGGCAUUACAGUCGGCUUUCGAUUCAACUACACCCCUGUACGGUGGGCUGAACUCGACCAGCUCAACAGCGAUACGGGUCGCCGUGACUUCGACAAUGGCAGUUGACAAAUGUCCUGUGGUUCUUGCAAACUAUAACACAGAAGGGAAACGAGAUGGUUUGCCGUACAAGUUCGUUCGACCCCGAGAUCCAACGAGUGAGAUGAAGGUAUGGGAGGCUGCCCGAGCAACUGCGGCUGCUCCGAUGUACUUCAAGCCAUUCACCCAAGAUGGGACAUCGACAGUGUACACAGAUGGCGGCAUAGACCAUAAUUGUCCAGCAAUCAUCGCCGAUCAUGAGCGUAGGCUUCUCUGGGGAGACGUCAGCGAUUGGGCGCCGGACAUCUUUUUGUCCAUUGGCACUGGUCUGGAUAACGCUCAGAGGAUGCCUUCGCACGAAGCUCUAUCACCUACCUCUUCGCGGUCACGACAGAACGCUAUUAUUGAGGAUCAGCUAAAUUGUGAGCAGAUCUGGAAGAAGUACCUUGCUAAGGCUACAGCCCCAGGCCAGGCUGACACUACUUGCAAUGAUGGCCGUAACAUACGUCUAAACGUCAUGUUCGAGCACGAGCGACCUUCACUUGACAAGGUGGAGGAAUUAGAGAACAUGGAGCGAUACGUACACAAUAAGAUGAAGGAUGAUCUGAGAAUUAACGACGUGGCCAAUAGGCUUGUGGCGAGUUGUUUCUACUAUGAAACCAUUAAGGCUACCUGUAACAAGCAGUUGACUUACACUGGAAGAAUUGAGUGCCGGUUCGAUGAAGGAAGCCAGGAACUCAAGGGCUUAGGUAGGAUUCUGCGAGAUCGGAUCAGAGGCCCUAACUUCCUGCCUUCCUUCUUCCUGGAAGAGAAUUACGGUUCAGAGGACCAAAGAGAGUACGAGGUGCCAAUCCCAACAGAGACCAUACACAACAUGUGUAACGCGGGUUUCUUCACGCUCCCGUCAGAACUUCACAUCGAUGCAGGUUAUCAGUCCAGCGUAACCCGCUUAUCGCUGUGUUUAGAACCAUAUGUCCCUACCUAUGGCGGCGAUAUUAGCUACCGACAGAAUCCUGCUCAUCCUCUGUUUCCAAUCAGUGGCUUUCCUCGAGUCCUAUCCGCCCAGCACAGCCUACAUUCCGUUCACUUAGAAGAAAACCUCGGGUCCGAAGGCGAAGAUGCUUCAGGAUCACAAGACCCCGAAGUCAUACUGGCACCUAAACCUACACUUCCACAUUUGGCAGUACCCAAGGGAGGUUUUAAAGGCUCGAAGUUAUACAAAUCGAUUUCUCAAAUGUCGCUCUCGCCAAAGGCUAGGAGCCCUGACGGGAGCGCGGGAGAUUAUUUGAGCGGCAAAGAGGAAACACAAAGUGACCUUUCAGGGUAUAGGUCGAGUUCAAAACUAGCAAACAAUAGUCAAAGCUCACGGUUGUCAUCUGACACUACUGAGAGCCGGGGUUAG